AUGCACCCAACCCACAAUUAUCGCCACUCUCGACGGUCUGCUUGUGAUCGAUGUCGCGGUCAAAAGCUACGAUGUGAACGCGACCAUUUGAAUGGCAUGUCUUGCGAGCGGUGCCUCAAGGCGCAAGAGAUAUGCAUUACGAGCCUUAAUCAAUCUGGACCGGUGAUAUUGCCCUCACACCAUGGUCAAGGUCUGAUUCCACGGGAUCGUGAGGAUCACAGGUUCGCUCACAGUGAACCAAUGUCGGUUCUCCAUAAAUCUUCUGGUCACAGAGUGAAAAAGCAGAUGCAUCCUUCCUCUCCAGUGGGAGGCAGAAGCAGCUCAAAGAAUCACUACCACUGGAGAGGCCUGACAUCGUUGCCAUUCCUUCCCGAAGACAACGUGGUAUCAUCACCAAGUGAAUUUGAUCUCAAUAUCCCGAUGGAAUUUGGAACCAUUUCGGUGCCUUUUGAGCAAUGGAGCGACCAAUAUCUGCCCUGGCCAGCAAAUGAUUACCAUCUGCCUCCGGAAUAUGUGCCAUCUGAUCCAAUGUAUUCUGACGGAGGAAGAUCUUGCUUCCCUUCAGUCUGUGACAGCGAUACCAGCAAUGCCCAAGCAGGCUCCAAUCAGAGAACGGAAAUGGCAGUCUUGGAGCCAUUUCUGGGUCAGCCUUCGAGUCAUGGGAUAGAUUCUCCAUCUAUGUUUGCAUCAAAUAGCCUCCCAGAGCCUGGAUGGGGAAACAUGACAGGCUUCGCCACUCUGAACGAGUCAUAUCCACUACCCAUAGUCCAGAUGACCACUCCCUCCAUGCAGGGUCUCCAUAAGAGUCUUUUGAAAUUGAGGAUGGGGCUUCUUGAGGACCUGGACCUGCUUGAAACCGGAUCAACGGGCCCCGGAUCAUCACUCUUCAUGCAUGAUAUCCCCGCUAUGUCUGUUGAGACACUCAAUCUUCCAAUCUGUCGCCUGCUUGAUCAUUCCUCUUGGCUUUUGGGAAUCAUUCAGUCGUUGUUUGGCCCGUCGGAGGACUCUUUCAGCCCAACUCCUUCUCCACAGCUUUCCGACCCCCAACUACUCAAAUGGGAAGGUUCAGAAUUUGGUCCCCUUGAAUCUGGAGAUAAUGGCGAUGAAGCUGGCACUACGAUAUCCCCACAUGAUUCAGGCUACCAUACCGCUACGACAAGUCCGGGUCAACCGACAAGCCCGUCGAUUCCAAAAUGUGAUAUCACACUGUGGCUCGGGAUAUUAGAGGCACAUUGCACUCUGACUCGCGUAUAUCGUGCGGUGUUCACACGACUGUAUCAACUAUUUUUGAUCAUUCCUCCGACAGAUGCAGCCACAAUCCUGUUAUUACCUAGCGAACGCCUUGGGCAAUCUCAGUUGGAAGGAGAGUUGCUUACUCAGGUACAAUCACUAAUUGCAUCUAGCUCGACAAUAAUUGGGAAGCUUGACCGAGCGUUGGGAAUACGCUCGAAGCCAACCCAGGCCGAAGAAGACGAAGGUCCAGCAUAUGAGAAGGACUGGUCGACCUCGAUUCGCGACAUAGUCUUAGCACAAGAGCAGAGCCUGAGUGAGAUAUCUCUGAUGGAAAUAAUGGAGUGUCUGCGUCAGCUCGUUAAAGACCCAGUUAGUAUUUAA